CAGUUUGCUUGUGUUAUUCUUUAUCUAGUAGCGAUUUUUUUGCAUUUCUUUAAUUCUCUUAUGUUCUUUAAAUAGUUUAGGUGCAUUAGUUUUAAUUUAUGUUCCGACUAAAGAAAUAAAUAUAUUUUCUAUAAAUUCACAUAUCUUUUACUUGAGUUAAGUUUGUGCUCGCCUAAGGUUUUGAUGAUAACGAUUAUUAACUAACGCAAAAUUAUGGGUGAUUCUUGUGUGGAGACGCCGGAGGCUCCAGCUUGGUUAUCAAAGCUAGAGAGCCAAAGGGAAAAAUUGAGUAAAGCCCGUCUCGGCCAUGAUAGCGGCGCCGGUGCGCCAUGUAAUUCGUGUGGUUCUGGUUGUCCUGGCUUGGAUUUACAUUUCUGGCGUAAGGUUUGUAGAGCCUGUCACUGCAGUAAAGAUGUACACGACGUUCAGGAUGAUGACUUGUCUGGCUGGGCUCAGUUUGAACUGCUUGGCACUGCUAAACCUAAAAAAGCUUCAAUGCCACUUAUUAAAAUUCGUGGUGUAACAGACAAGCCAGUGAAACUUGACUGGGUACCGCCCAAUGCCUCAACAGAGCUGGUAUCUGAAUAUAUGUCGUGCCUCGGACCGCUAGCUCCGGUAUCGGGUUCUGAAGCAGCCAAGAAAUGGCGCGCACAACUGCGUACUCAAUUGCCUCCCCAUGACGUAGCUCCGGCUGCAAGACACCAUGCCUCUGAUCAAGAAAAAUCUGAACAUACGGAAUAUAUAACACGUAUUAAAGAUCAUGUAGUUGGCAUGGGUAAUGUGGUAAGAGUAGGUCCUCUUCAAAGUGGAGAAUUAUAUUCAGUUGAAAGUAGCAAGUCUCACACUGCCUCCAACCAUACAAAAUCUUAUGCACUGCCAUUAAAGAUAUCAAAUAUAACUAGAGGAGUUAAGUACAAUAUUGUGCCUAAAAAUGCUUCAGACAAGAAACUUGUGUUAGAUCCUCAAGGUAAUAUUGUCAGUAGUGCUGCCAAUUUGCCAGAUUAUAAAUCUAGUCCAAUAUUAAGCAGAAUUGUAAAAGAAAAAUUGCAUGUAAUGAAAAUUGAAUCUGACAGAAUUAAAAGUGCCGUUGAACAUGGUCCUGUUUAUGACAAAUUAUUUAAGAAUUUGAAUGAUUUAAGCAUGCCAAUUACUAAUGAUGUUUAUCUGCAACCUAUAAAGCUUUUUCGUGAUGAGUACAAUAAAAAUCCUCAAUUCAAGGAGGAGGUAAAUGAAUUUGCUAAUAAAGCUCUAGGAGCACAAAUAAUGCCUGAUCUGUGGUCUUUAAGUAACAAUAAUGUGAAAGGCACAGCUAAGUUGUUGGAUGGCAGGAUUCAAAAGGGUACUAUUUUUGCUCCAAAUGGUGAAAUAUGGAGUUGGAAACAUGAACCAACUACACCAGAACAUAGUGGAACUAUUUGUUCAACAAAAAUUAAUCCCCAGUAUUCUACCACUAUGAAACCAAUAAAUCAAGUAGAACCACAGCAAACAGCUCCAUUGAGAGAAUAUCGGAGAAAUACUUCUGAGGAAGAUUUGCCUCCACCCCCUCUGCCAAAUUACAACACCUAUCCUGGUGGAAUGUCAGUGUCUCCACAAGGUAAUGACUGGACUAAUUCUCCUGAUAACAUUCAACUUGAUUAUAGUGGCAACCCAGUACAAGUUGGCAAUUAUGCAGAACAGAUAGAUCCAAUUCUUACACAGUUUGCUGAUAUAUCUCUAAACCCAGAGGAAAUAGAAUUUAAUAGGAAAUUGUACAAUGAAGGAGUGCCAUGUCAGCGUUGUGAAAAACCAAUGUUUGCUGGAGAAGUUGCAGUAAAAGCUGAAAGAGCUGGCCAAGAAGCCAUCUGGCAUCCACAAUGUUUCACUUGUUGCAAGUGUGGGGAACUUUUGGCUGAUUUGGUAUAUUUCUACUACAAAGGUGAAAUAUAUUGCGCCAGAGAUCUUGCCAACGUGUUAGAAAUACCGCGUUGUGCUGGUUGUGAUGAAUUGAUAUUUACAAGACCAUAUACAGCUGCGGAAGGACGAGCAUUUCACGUACAACACUUCUGUUGCUACCAUUGUGAUGCCCCCCUUGGGGGACAAAAAUAUGUACCAGAUGACAAGACAGGUCUACCUGUAUGUUUACCUUGUUAUGAUCAAUUUUAUGCUGAACGAUGCAGAGCCUGCGGUGGGGUUAUUGGUCCAGAACAACAAGGGGUAUCCUGGAGCAAUAUGCAUUGGCAUGCAGAAUGCUUUAUAUGUUCAGGGCGUAUGUGUGGGAAAAGUUUGCUUAGUGGCAGAUUUGUCGUAAAACAAGAAAUGCCCUUUUGCAGUGUACCAUGUGUACAAAGUAGAAUCAAGUAAAAUAAUGAACAGAAAUAAAUGUAUAAAUUAUUGAUGUUAAAAUAUAUUUUUUUGAUAUAUUUUACAAGACAUUUAGUAU